GCAACCACGUCGCCAACAGUUCUCGAGGGCUCACUACUUCUCUCUUCCAAAACGAAACGCCCUUGUCCUUCUCCCUCUCUCUUCUCUUACCGGAUUCCACGCACGAAGAUCUCCUACCUAGGGCACUUCUAGGAGAUAGAGACGGUCGGUCUGAAAUCGUCGGAAUACCUACACCGGAUCGGAUAGGAGGGGCCGUGACUGCGGAAGAAGAAGAGGAGAGAAGAGGCUCCCCCUCCCUCUCUCUCUCUUUCGCGCGCAAGAGACACGCGCCGUCCUGGAGCUACUGGAACGAUCUUGGCUGAGCGGCCGGUACGACGAUGAGUGACGAAGAGAAGCAGCAGCGGCCUGAGGAGGCGCAGGAGGGCCCGGGGGCAGCACAAGAGCACACCGAGCCUGCGCGGGGGGAGGAGGCCGGCGAGCCUUCCCGCGAGGUCGAGGUGGGUAUGGACGGAGAGAAGCCCAGGAGCCUGCCGAGUGGGACGUCGCUCUUGACAGGCACAGAGGGUAAAGAGCAGUCCAAAGAGCAAGAAGAGGAGAAGGAAGCGGGGAGGGACGAGGAGCAGGCGCAGGAGCAGAUGCCAGUCCCGGACAUUGCCAUCUCCAGACCCUCGGUCUCAGCAGAGAGAUCCGUGCCGCCGCCGCCGCCGCCGACGGGGGAUCAGUCAACAGAAGAGCCAGCGAGGGAAGAGCAGAGGGAGGAGAGCACUGAGGCGAAUGGCAAAGACCAUCAAGAGGAAGGAGCAGAUGCUGCGCCUCCGACACCGACCCCCAAGGAGGAGGAGGAACGAGGAGGAGGAGACGCGCCGACACGGCCCGAUUCGGACACAUCAGCGACUCCCAGUGUGGCACCUUCGUCGGCAGUCGAUGCUUCUCGCCGCUCCUCUGUGGCCAGCUCGACAACGACGGCAGUCCAUUCACGCUCGUCACUCUCGUCGCUCAACAAGGGCAGCGCCGUCUUUGUCAUCUCGGCCCUCGAACAGAUUUCGACGAGCAGAGAGGCAAAGGGAAGCAAGGGCCCGGCAAAGGAGCUUCGAGAGGCUGCCCAGAGGGCCCUCGACAUGGUUCGCGCCUCGUCCUCGACGUCUCAGAACGGUCAGCACGCGCCUGCACCGGGCUCUGAGCUGGAUCCCCGGGUCGUCUUUGAGCCACUGAGGCUGGCGUGCGCGACGAGGAGCACCAACCUCGUCGUCACCUCGCUCGACUGCCUCGGCAAGCUUGUGUCCUACUCCUUCUUUGCCGAGGACGUGCCGUCGAAUCCGAGCGAAGAGGCGCUGGCCGAUGUCGUCACCUCGACCGUCUGUGAUGCCUUCUACGAGGGCCUCGAUGACCGCGCCCAGCUACAGAUCAUAAAGGCCCUCUUGGCCGUCGUCCUCUCCAGCUCGGUCCAUGUCCACCAGUCGAGUUUGAUGAAGGCUGUGCGAACCGUGUACAACAUCUUUCUGCUUUCCAAGAGCGCAUCGACGCAGGCCGUUGCACAGGGCGUGCUCACCCAGAUGGUCCACCACGUCUUUGGGAGAGUGCCUACGAGGAGGCGAGCAGCCAACGAGGAAGAAGCCAACACAUCCAUGUCCUCCUCGUCCUCCUCCUCGUCGGUCUCAGGCCCUCCCGGCGGACUCCUUAGCCCGCCACACCAACCAAAGACGGGUAGCAGAAAGCUGCGCGCACCCGAGGAAGACGCCGACGAGCGAGAGACAGCAUCUGCGUCUAUGUCUCCUUCUAAUGGCCAGGUCAAGACGGGGGACGAUGAGGGAGAGGAGGACGUGCCGCUCGAUGACGACGACAAGAUGGCAGCGGCUCAGGGCGACGAGACGAUUGCAGCCGACGGAAAAGGUGCCAACGGGGGCAGCGAAGAGGCGCCACCAGCGGAAAAGGUCACGCUGAGAACACUCGAAUCGAGAGCCUCUUUUGAGGGUGCGUCGGAAAAGGACACGGGAGCAAAGCUCAUGGCCCAGUCGCAGAUGAGCCAGGCAGAGCUAUCUGUCAAGGAUGCCUUCCUCGUGUUGAGGGCGCUUUGCAAGCUCAGCAUGAAACCAUUGGGCACAGAAAGCGAACGAGAUCUCAAAUCGCAAGCGAUGCGGUCCAAGCUUCUGAUGCUGCAUCUCAUCCUCACCAUCCUCAAAUCGCACCUGGCCGUCUUCACAGACUCGUCUGUCAUCAUCCAAAGCGCCACAACGGGCGAGCAGACGCCCUUUGUGCAGGCCGUCAAGCAGUAUCUCUGUUUGAGCCUGAGCCGCAACGCGGUUUCGUCGGUCAACCAAGUCUUUGAGAUCUCUUGCGAGAUCUUCUGGCUCGUCCUCAGCGGGAUGCGGACAAAGCUCAAGAAAGAGAUCGAGGUCCUGCUCAAUGAGAUUUUCCUGCCCAUCCUCGAGAUGCGCAACUCAACGGCAAGACAAAAGUCGAUUCUCCUCGGCGUCCUAGUCCGACUGUGUCAGGACCCUCAGGCCCUCGUCGAGAUCUACAUCAACUAUGAUUGCGACCGCACGGCCCUCGACAACAUCUAUGAGCGGUUGAUGAAUGUCAUCUCCAAGAUCUCACAGACGCACGUCGUGCCCGGAUCGGCAGCUUCCAAAGACGCCCUUGACUCGGCGUCUGCGGGCGCAGGCGCUGGUGGGGCCUCGUCCUCUUCACGCAUGUCGACUUCCAGCGGGCCCAGCAUCCCGCCGACGUUGAGCACGGCCAGCGCCGCCGAGGUCGGCGUACAAGAGCUGAGCCCAAAUGUGCCUGGGCAGUCGGUUGAGGCCAGACUCAAGCGUCAGAGCCUCGACUGCCUGUGCUCGGUUCUGCGAUCGCUUGUCCUCUGGUCUAACAAGGCAGCAGCCCCCGCGGCGGCAACAGAGGAUGCUGCUGGCCCAUCCUCGCCUCGCCUCAGCGAGGAUGUCCGUGGCGGCGGCGACGCUUCUGUGCUGAUGGAGCGAUCACCAUCUCUUAGUCAAGGCCCCGAUGGCGUACAUACGCCCGGCGAAAGGACACCAGACGUGAGCCGCGUAGCCACGCCAGACCCUUCGUCUGCCUCGUCGACAAUGGGAGAUGACCCGAGUCGGUUCGAGAGCGCAAAGCAACGCAAAACGACGCUCCUCGAAGGCAUCAAGACGUUCAACUUCAAGCCAAAGCGCGGUAUCGACGAUCUCAUUCGACAUGGCUUUAUCCCAUCACGCGAGCCCAACGACGUCGCUCGUUUCUUGCUCUAUGCUGACGGACUCAACAAGGCCCAGAUCGGCGAGUACCUCGGCGAGGGAGACGCAAGCAACAUCGCCAUCAUGCAUGCCUUUGUCGACAUGAUGAACUUUGAGAAGAUGCCCUUCACCGAUGCCCUGCGGCGCUUCUUGCAGGCCUUUAGGCUUCCUGGCGAGGCGCAGAAGAUCGACCGCUUCAUGCUCAAGUUUGCUGAGCGAUACUUGGCGGGUAACCAGAAUUCGUUUGCCAAUGCAGACACGGCCUACGUGCUUGCCUACUCGGUCAUCAUGCUCAACACGGACGCACACAGUCCUCAGGUCAAGCAUCGCAUGACGCUUCAGGACUUCAUCAAGAACAAUGCGGGCAUCGACGAUGGCAAGAGUCUCCCAGACGACUACAUCAAGGCUGUCUAUGACGAGAUCCAGAAUCACGAGAUCAAGAUGAAGGACGAGGCUCUGACGGCGGCCGUCAAUGCCACGGCUGCGGGCCAAGGCGCUGGACUGGGUCUUGCAAACGCCAUUGCCGCUGUGGGCAGGGACCUGCAGCGCGAGGCGUACGUGUUGCAGUCCGAGGGGAUGGCGAACCGAACAGAGGCACUCUUCCGGACCAUGGUCCGAGCUCAGCGAAGAGUGCACCCGCAACAACGGGCAGCCGCCGAGCAAUUCUUUUCAGCAUCUCACUUUGAGCACGUGAGACCUAUGUUCGAGGUCGCCUGGAUGGCCUUCCUGGCUGGUAUCAGUGGUCCCAUGCAGGAAAGCGAUGAUGCCGACACCGUGGCGGCCUGCCUCGACGGCUUUAAGGACGCCAUCCGGAUCGUGUGCCUCUUUGGGCUGGAGCUCGAGAGAAACGCAUUUGUGACGACGCUGGCCAAGUUCACCUUCCUCAACAACCUGGGCGAGAUGAAGAGCAAGAACGUCGAAGCUAUCAAGACGCUCCUGGGCGUUGCGCAGACCGAAGGAAACUACCUCAAGGGCAGCUGGCGAGAGCUGCUCACCUGCGUCUCCCAGCUCGAGAGAUUCCAGCUCAUCAGCGGUGGCGUGGAUCAGAGACAGCUGCCAGAGCUCGGGAGAAGAAAGACGGGGUCGUCCAAGGACUCUGCCACGGCACGCGCGGCUCUGCCCACCGACGAUGUCGUCCAGGCCGGUGCUUCGUCCGAGGUCACCGUUGCGGCCGACAUGGUCUUCUCCUCGACCCCGCACCUUUCUGGUACAGCCAUUGUGGAAUUCGUCCAGUCGCUCUCGGACGUUUCGUGGGAGGAGAUCCAAUCGAGUGGCAUGAGCGAGACACACCCGCGGUUGUUCUCACUCCAGAAACUUGUCGAGAUCUCGUACUACAACAUGGGUCGUAUCAGGAUGGAGUGGUCCAAUAUCUGGUCCAUCCUCGGCGAGCACUUCAACCAGGUCUGCGUCCAUCCCAACCCGCGCGUGUCUGCGUUCGGUCUCGACUCGCUCCGUCAGCUCUCGGUCCGGUUCCUGGAGAAGGAGGAGCUCUCGCACUUCAAAUUCCAAAAGGACUUCCUCAAGCCGUUUGAGUACACGAUGCGAAACAACCCGAGCUCAGAGGCAAAGGAGAUGGUGCUGCAAUGCUUGCAGCAGAUGAUUGCCAGUAGGAUUCACAACAUGCGGUCAGGCUGGAGAACGCUGUUCGGGACCUUUGGUGCUGCGAGCCGAUCUUCGGAGCGGGUGGCCAGCUACGCAUUUGAGAUUGUCAAGCAGCUCAACCAGGACCAUUUCGGCGACGUCAUCCAGCACGGUGCAUUUGCAGACUUGACCGUCUGCCUGACCGACUUUGCAAAAGCGACGCAUGCCCAGCGACUAGCUCUGCAGAGUGUCUCAAUGCUCCGUGGUGUCGUUCCAGCAAUGCUCGCUGCCUCAGAAUGCCCACUGGACGAAGACGCCGAUCCUGGCCCGGCCGCGUCGACACCGAUGACAGACGAUCCCAUGGUUCGCUUCUGGUUCCCCGUCCUGUUCGCCUUCUACGACGUGAUCAUGAACGGCGACGACCUCGAGGUGCGCAGGGUGGCCCUCGAUGCCCUCUUCGAGAUCCUCAAGCGGCAUGGCCAGAGCUUCCGGCCCGACUUUUGGGACACGGUCUGCCAAGAGGUCCUCUUCCCCAUCUUUGCCGUCUUGCGAUCGCGGUCCGAUGUCACGCGAUUCAGCACCCAGGAGGACAUGAGCGUAUGGCUCUCGACCACGAUGAUCCAGGCCCUGCGCAACCUCAUCGACUUGUGGACCUUUUACUUUGAGACGCUUGACCGGCUCCUCCCAGGUCUGCUGGACCUGCUGUGCGCAUGCAUCUGCCAGGAGAACGACACUCUGGCGAGGAUCGGGACAAGUUGCUUGCAGCAGUUGUUGGAGAAGAAUGUGUCGAAGCUCAACGACAAACGGUGGGCACAGGUCGUCGAUACUUUUGUUCAGCUGUUCCAGACGACAACGGCGCACCAGCUCUUUGAUCCUGCGCUCCGGGCCGAGCAGGUUGCCACCAGCCCAUCGACUUCGAGGUCCGGCUCGAUCAGCAGUGGCUCAGCGCUCAAGGGUGGCUUGGCAACGCAACCCCUUUCGCCCGGAAUGUCACCUUCCACCGUCGAGGCUAAUGCCCAGGUCUCGUCACCGCCGCUCAUGACUCAGACGGAGAGAAGACGAGCAUUCAAGCAAAUCAUCGUCAAGUGCGUCCUGCAGCUGCUCCUCAUUGAAACGACGGAUGAGCUGCUGCAAAAGUCAGCCUCCUUCUACGAACUCAUGCCGCCUGUCCAACUGCUUCGGCUAACGCAAGUCCUCGAGGACUCGUUCCGCUUCUCGAGGAAGUUCAAUGCCGAUAAAGACCUUCGCACGGCCCUCUGGAAGGUUGGCUUUAUGCGCCAACUGCCGAACCUCCUCAAGCAGGAGAGCUCAUCGGCUUCGACGCUGAUCCACGUCCUCGUCAGGAUGCAUUCAGACGCGAGCGAGGCGAGAGACGGACCACUUCGGGGCCAGAUUCGCGAGAGGCUCGUCCCGCUUGCCCAAGACAUCAUCAACGCCUACCUACCCCUCGAUGCCGAGACGCAGGCAAGAAACAUUGCUGCCUGGACACCCGUCGUGGCCGAGGUCUUUGUCGGCCUGUGCGACUUCGACAAGGGCCAGGAGCAAAAGGUGUUCCGAGACUACCUCGGCACUUUCUACCCCCUCGCAGUCGACGUGCUCCACAAGCGGCAGGCCGAGCCUGGUCCAGUUUCUGGCGCUUCAGCUUCGUCAGCAGCUGCUACCAGUGCAGCGCAAGGCAAGGGAGGCGAGCAGCUUUUGGGCGCACUGCAAAAGUUCUUUGAGAUGGUUGGAUACGAGAUGGGCCUGAUGACUGUCGACGGCGAAGAGGCGCGAAAGAAGCGGGUGUGGGAAACGAGGCAGCGCGAAAAGGUCGACCGUGCCGACCGAGUCGCAGCCAACGAGACGGCGGGUGGUGCGACCGAUGGCAGUGGGAAAGCGUCGGCAAGUGAAGGCUUGAAGCUCGAGCUUCCGCCGCCUGCGCAGCCACAGCAGCACCUUGAGGCAGACCAAGAUACGGCCGCUGUCAUGACGCCAAGCCAUGCGCCGACGCCUCCUGUCAUUUCAGAUGAGCAGAAUGGCGACACGACGUAGUUCUUCAUCCUAGCAGCAUGUUCUCAGGGUUGAAAAAGGAAUGAUAGAUUCUCAAAAUGCUAAUUAUUACAACGUUAUCGUAAGUUGAUCAGAUGGCGAGGUCGCCAGAGCUGUUCCAAUCAUAU